AUGCCUUCUAUAUCGUUAUCAGAACAUGCACUCACUGCAUUGGAGUCAUCUCACCUCCAAUAUCGCAUCAUCAGUACCCUCUUCGGCUCGGCUCUUGGAGACGCAAUCGGAUUAUCCACCGAAUUCCUCUCUACCGAACUCUCAGCAAAAUCAUACCCCGACCGCGUCUUUACCUUACUCCCCGCUGAAAAAGCAACUCCCUUUCGUCGCGACCAUCACAGUGAUGGGAAGAAGCUUGAUCGUCAAGACUGUGGGUUCGGUAUCUUGCCCAGUAAAUCCUAUUUAGAUGAUCCUGAAGGGACAGCUCGGAAGUUUUGUGUUAUGGGCAAAUACAAGGCGGUGCCGAACGGAAGUCUUAUGCGAACGCAUCCGCUGGGACUCAGGUGUCUCAGGAAGUCGGUCGAGGAGUCAUUCCAGAUCGCGGCCGACUUCGUGGUCACACAUGUUGACCUGAGAUGUGUUGUCUCCUGCGCCAUUGUCGCUGCUCUUGUUCGUGGACUUGUCCUCACUAAGAUCUACGAGGAACGACAUGUCGACGAGUUGAUCGAAACUAGACUUGCGUGGUACAACGAGCGACGCGAAAAAGAACUUCAACGCCUUGACAGACAAGACGAACCUUGUUUAAAUAUCUCACUACUGCGCAAUAUAAACAACAAUAUCGCCGAGGUCAGCCAACAUGCCACAGCUCAAAAGCUCGCGGACCUCAAGUUGGACGAGAGUUAUAAGAUCGGUUAUGUAUACAAGACCUUUGGCUCUGCCAUCUUACAUCUACGUCUUGCACUACGCCAACUUAAGUCUUCAGGACAACUAUUUUCCCAACUUACCAUUUUCGAAAAGCCCAUCACCGAUCUUGCAAUAGAGGGCGAUGACACAGAUACAAAUGCCUGUUUCGCUUAUGCUCUCCUCGGAGCCUUACUUUGCUACAAGGUCCUGCCGCCGCGUUGGCGUAACAGUCUCCGUCAUGGAACAUGGCUAAUGGAGAAGUCCGGGGGACUAUGUGAUGUUUUAGGUGUGGCAAAGGGUUCAUAUUCUGGAUCCCGUGAUAAGGAUGCAGCGGAGGAUGAGGAACAAGAGUGGAAGAGGAAGCAGGAGGCCGAUAAGAAGAAGCCAAAUUGGUUUGCAUGGAAGUAG